AUGGAUAACUUAUCAGAACGGGGCGGUUCCCCCGAUCUUAAUGAUCUAUUUGACUAUGACGUCGGCCUGGACGAAAUCUUCAAUAAAGAAAAUAAUGACGCGUCAAACAAUGAUGCCUCAAAGCCAGCAGGAGAUCCCUCGUCACUCGGACUCGGACUGGACGAAGAGGUCAAAAUCACCAAGAAACGUCAACCAAUUGCAAAGCUAGACGAGGCACGUCUACUCUCCCAAUCAGGGAUCCCUAAACUCCGACAAACAGCCAGGACUAAACUUCGAUUCAAAGGCAAAGGUCAUGAGUUUUCGGAUGCUGGCCGCCUAUUGAAUAUCUAUCAACUAUGGCUCGACGACCUGUUCCCUCGCGCGAAGUUUUCAGAUGGUUUGGCUAUGAUCGAGAAACUAGGGCACAGCAAACGUAUCCAGACUAUGCGACGAGAAUGGAUCGAGGAGGAAAAAAGGAAAGUCUUCGAAACAUCUGAGUCGCGAAACGUCCCUGAUACCAGAGACCUCCCCACACGGCCUUCAGGCCAAAAUGGUGGUACAACAGAGACAACAAAUACAUCGACAUCCCAGACAGCAGGUGGAUCAGGUUCUAUAGACGAUUUGUUCAUGCCAGACCCCGAGGGAACAGCUCGGCAACCCGUUAGCCACCCAGAGCCCGAUGACGAUGACCUAGAGGAUCUAUUAAGAGAACAAGAUGAGACCAUAGAGGCACCACAGCCGGCGAUGCGGAUGCAGCAGGGUGGAGAUGAUGAUUUUGAUGCCGAAUAUGAAGCCAUGAACGAAAUGGGCUUGUAG